GCGUAACCAAGCUUGAGUCGACCGGAUUGCAAGUGAUGUAUUUCGGGGGUGGCUAUCUCAUGUUCUCGCCAAUCGCAGCUGAGGUGAUGAAGCGCAAGGGCUACAAGUUUACCAUCCUCAUGGGUCUUUCCCUCUACAGUUUGGGCGCUAUCUUCUUUUGGCCCGUGGCUCACUUCUCCAAGCCAGCCAACCAGAAGGCUUCCUUCGGAGGCUUCCUCGCAUGCACACUCGUUAUUGCUUGCGGUCUUGCCACUCUCGAGACUGCAGCCAACUCGUACGCUGUCGUCAUUGGUCACCCGGCAACUGCUUCAGCUCGUCUCCAGUUCUGCCAAAGCUGGAACGGCGUUGCUUCAUUCGUUGGACCACUCAUCGCUUCCAAGGCUUUCUUCACCGGCGCAAACCAGCAUAGCUUGACCAAUGUUCAGUACGUCUACCUGGCUGUUGCUUGUGCUGGUGCGGCAGUCGCAGUCCUGUUCUUCUUCUCCAAGCUUCCUGAGGUCCAAGAAGCCGCUGUUCGCUCUGCAUCUAUCGCCGCCGGAGACUCGGAAGAUGUGGCUGUCGACUACUAUGGCAAUGUGAUCACCCAGAAGCCACUCUACAAGGAAUGGAAUAUGAUUGGUGGUUUCAUUGCACAAUUCGCCUACGUCGGUGCCCAGGUCACCUGCGCUUCGUUCUUCAUCAACUAUGCUACCGAGAACGCGACAUUCAGCAGCGCCCAGGCCUCCAAUAUGCUUUCUUACGCUCUGAUCACUUUCACUGUUGGUCGAUUCAUUGCCACCGCUCUCGCCACUGUCUUUGAGUCCAACUUCCUCCUGGUCAUCUACGCAUGCUGCGCCAUCGCUCUCAACGCAUACGUCGCUGCUGGUUCUGGAACUCCAGCCGUUGCGGUCCUCAUUUGCAUCUUCUUCUUCAUGGCCCCCAUGUACCCGACCAUCUUCACUCUCGGUACUGCCAACCUGGGCAAAAACACUCGACGCGGUGCAGGAAUCCUCGUCAUGGGCGUGUCUGGCGGGGCUGUUUUUCCGCCGAUCCAGGGUGCCAUUGCCGACGCUGCUAGCACUCGUGUCUCUUACAUCGUCCCACUUGUUGGCUUCGUUAUCGUCCUCGCCUACGUUGCCAAGCACUGGGUCGGCCACGGCUUCCACAUCCUACGUGUGAAGGGCGAGAAGAUGAUUGCUACUACACUCGAGGGUGGCGCUCUUGGUGGCGCUGUUCAGACCGUUCAUUGGGACGAGAAGCGUCUGUCGGUGGUCGACGUCGAGCAGGUGCGCAGAAACUCUUUGGGCCCCGUUAAUCCAGUGGACAUGGGAGGAUAUAGCUAUCAGGGCACUGAGCCACGCAAGGGCUCCAUGAUCGGAUAAUUGAUCGCAUCGCAGCAGCACUUGUCGAAGCAUUUACGUGGAGUUCACAAGAUUAUGAUGAAGAUGCAUGAAUGGGACACGAUAUGAUACCAAUCAGUUGAGAUUACGGCCACAGCUUGUACAUAGUCACAUUUACGGGUUCAUCGUUUCAGUC